UUGUGUUGUCGAGUGUCUGUGUGUGUUUGUGUUCGGCUUUUCAGACGCGUGUUUCUGCUCUCCGUCAUGAGUGGUGUGUGUGUUUCUCAGUGUCACUCGGACUGACUGCUGUCGCUGUGGUAUGGAGUCUCCGGCAGCGGUGGACGAUGACAUCUGUAUCCUGAAGCAUGAGUCUGCGUACGGUGCGGUGGAGAGCCCGGUGUCGGUGUGUGCCGGAGAUGAGUCUGUGGCGUCGCACUUUGCUUUGGUCACGGCCUACGAAGACAUCAAGAAGAGACUUCGAGAAACUGAGAAGGACAACGGCCUGCUGCGCCGCCGCGUCAAACAGCUGGAGGACAAGCACUUCCGUCCUGAAGCUCCUCCGUCUGAAGGGCCGCAGUACAUGAAUAAAGCCUUCAGUGCGUAUCGAGGAAUCUACAUGGAGAAGGAGGAUCUGCAGCUGGAGCUCAAUAAAGUGAAAAAAGAUAAGCAGGAUGUGGAGCGCGUCCUGACGGAGCAACUGCAGGCCAAAGAGCUGGAGCUGCUGCAGCUGCGCUCCGAGAUGGAGACUAGCCAAGUGAUGAAGAGUCUGACUGCGGAUACGUCCGAGUAUUGGCACGUGGACCGACACAGCAGUGAACUGAAGAUCCAGAACCUGCAGGAGCAGCUGGAGAGACUGCAGCUGGAGAACAACACACUCAACAAACUCUACAGAGACACAAAGAACGCUUCAGAAAACUGCAUCGUUCAUGACGAUCAAUCCCAUAAUACUCUGACAGACAUCAGGUCUAUGGCGGUGGUUCAGUCGUAUCAGGCCGCCCUCAGUGAAGUGUGUCAUCUGCGGUCAGCGGUCAGAUCUCAGUCUGAGCUCAUGAGGAGACUGAAGGAGAGACCACUGCUGCCUGCCUUUAGGAGAGCUGCUUCAACUGUUCCAGUGCAGUGUCUGGACGAUGUGGAGCGGGUCCGGGACUCGACACCGCGGCCCCCCAGUGCUCCUCCGCUGGCCUCACAGGACCUGCUUGAGAGCACCCCGCUGCGCAUGAGUUCUCUGGACGACAGCUCCUGGUCCUUCCCGAGUCCUCCGAGACCCAGCGAGGCGAUCUUCUGGAGCCCGGCGGCUGACUGAGGGCCACCCCACACCGCACUGCCUUACCACACACACACACACACACACACACACACACAAAGCUCAACACACUCUUUAUUACGCACAACUCAACACACUCGCGUUAUGUUUUACACAGACGAGUUAUUGGAAACCUGUCUGCUCAUCCUCACUCUCUGCUGGAGAUUUUCUCUCAUGGCCUGUUUUUUUUCAUCAGUUUUACAACUAAAAUUCAGAUUUUUUGUUGGUGCAACAUUAAAUUAUUCUUCUUUUUUUCAAAUUUAACUUUUUUGCUGCAAUUAUGAAUUUUUCAUAGCAAGUUUUUUUGUUUUCGUUUUUUCCCCAAAUUUGACACUUUAGUGAAUUUGUAGGUGCACCUUUACCAACUCAUUCAGAAAGCCGUCCUCUGGAGAUCCUGGAGAUUUCUGCAUUAUUUUUACAACUAAAAUUCUCUUUUUUUUGCUGAUGCAAAUGUAAAAUUCACAUUUCUUUGCUCAAUUUUUUAUUGGUGCAACUUUAAAAUUCGGAGUUUUCAUUGGAGCAAAUUUAAAAUUCUUAAUUUUUGUAUUUUUUUUCUCUUUUCCCCCAAAUGUUUUGAGAUUUUAUCACUCAUCUGCUUUAUUUCACUGCAGCUCAAUCUCACACUUCUCACCCUGAAUUCUCAUUUUUUUGUGCUGAUGCAAAAGUAAAAUUCAGAUUUCUUUGCUCAAUUUUUUGUUGGUGCAACUUUAAAAUUCAGAAUUUUUGUUGGUGCAAAUUUAUUAGAACUUUUUUUUUUUUCAAAUUUAACAUGUAAAUCUGACUCUGCUGCAGUUAUGAAUUUGGCGCGGCUGAUUUGUUCUGCAGUGUUGACUUUUGUCACUAUACUGAUUUUCCUUCAAAGUUUAAAUAGUUUGUUCAUUUUUGCUGUUUUUUUUCUCCCCAAAUUCAACAUUUUAGUGAAGUUGUAGGUGCAACUUUACAAACCCAUUUCAGAAAGCUGUCCUCUCUCUGCUGGAGAUUCUUUAUUUUUGCAUCUAAAAUUCAGAUUUCUGUCUUGAUGCAAAAGUAAAAUUCUGAUUUCUUUA